AUGGCCACUCUCGAGACGCUACAGCGAGCGCUACUCAAGUCAGCAAGCGAAUUCACACCGGCAGACUCCCCUAGACAAGCUUUAUCGGACGAGCAGUAUGCCACCGGCUUCUCCGUCUUCUCCCAAGAGCCCGGGCGCUCAACAUACAGCGAAUUCAUCAUACCCGAGCUAUCCUACCUCCUAGCGCCUCUCCAUGAUACUGAACCCGAAACACGCAUCUCGGUGCUGGAGAUAGGACCGGGCCCAAAAAGUGUUUUUGGUGAUCUUCCUCAGAGCUUGCGACGCAAGAUCGAAACCUAUACUGCUUUCGAGCCCAAUGCGGUCUUUGCGAUACAGCUGGAAGAUUGGCUCAAGGGUAGUGGUGGGAUCGAAAACAAAGCUCCACUUCCCGGUCUCAAACGGGUUGCUGUCCAUCCUGUUGAGUUUUCCGAUGUUAGCGAUACAGAGAAAGACUAUCGGCUCAAAAAGUAUGACAUUGUUCUGUUUUGCCACAGCAUGUACGGCAUGAAACCGAAGAACAGUUUCAUUGGAAGCGCUCUGGGGAUGCUUGUUGAAGGGGGGAUAGUAGCGGUUUUUCAUCGGGAUGGCGCCCUACAUAUCGAGGGCUUAGUAUGCCAUUACACGGUUUCAUUCCCUACUGGAGUUGUCGGCGUUCCAGACCGAUACAAAGACUUGAACCAGUUCGCGUCUUUCGUGGCUGGGUUCGGCAUGCAAGACGAGAUGGCGAAUACCGCAGUUCAAGCGCAGUGGAGAGCACUAUGCCGUUCGAUGGGUCGUCGGGACGGAGCAUACCCAGAGUACCUUAUUUUCAGCGCACCCGAGGUCAUGACAGUAUUUAAUGAACACGCCGACAGUUUGCCAGAGUUGAUGUGGCAAGUACCGCAAGGUCGGAAGAUAGUCAAGAACAAAGAGGCUUGUCUGCACAGUCCGGCUUAUGUUGCUCGACCAAGGGAUGUCAAAGACGUUCAAAUUUGCGUUCGGUGGGCGCUACAAUAUAACGUCGGCUUGACCGUUAUCGGGGGAGGCCAUAGCACGCACUGUCUCAGGCCUAACGUUGUGGCGAUCGAUAUGAGCGGUUUCGACUCGGUACACAUCCUGAGAGCCGUUGGAGACGAAGGCAAGCCAGAUCCUAUCUCUAAUUCAUUCGUCAUCGCAGGGACUGGGUGCAAGACUGAUGGUCUCAUAAGCCAAGCCAUGUGCGAAGGUUUGACAGUGCCUCUGGGAUCGCGCCCAAGCGUCGGUGCAGGUUUAUGGCUACAAGGAGGCAUAGGACACCUUACCAGGCUCCAUGGACUAACUUGCGACAUCAUCGUCGGUGCUGUCAUGGUCAGCGUUAAAUCUGGCGAAGUCUUCUAUAUUGGUAAUGUGCCAGAACAACAUCGGCCACCUGGCGCCUUUCUUCCCACGGACGAAGCCGAUAUCCUUUGGGCGAUAAGAGGUGCUGGAACAAACAUGGGGAUCGUGACGAGCGUUACGUUCAAGGCUUUCCCUGCUCUACAAUACCUGACAAGGAACUGGGUGCUACCACUCAACGAUGAGAUCGACGCACGGAAACGACUCAAUCAGUUCGACAAAAUAAUCGCUGGACGACUGGGGCGAUCUGAACGCCACUGUUCAGCAGAUGCGUAUCUGUACCAUGAGGCUGGUCAAUUGAGACUUGGAAUGACCACAUUCGAGCUAGUGGAGCCUUCUUUCAAUGUUUCAGCUAUCAGACAUGAACCCAUGGGAGAAAUCUGGGGGCCGGUGACGGAGUCUAAAGUCGUUGAUGGUUUGGAAUUGUUCGAGGAAGAGAUGUACAUGUCUGGGAUGCAUGGCGGGCAUGGUGGCGGCAAGACUUCUUCGUUCAAACGUUGCAUACUCAUGAAGGAUAUCUCGGAAGAGGGCAUUGCUGCCCGCUUGAUAUCUGCUGUGGAAACUCGUCCGUCGCCGCUAUGUUACCUCCACUUACUACAUGGAGGUGGAGCGGUUCGCGAUCUCGCAGCCACUGCUGUUGCCUUUGGAUGUCGCACGUGGAGUUUCGCAUGCGUCAUCACCGGCGUUUGGCCACGCGAUGAAGAUGGCACUGCACUUGCUAACGCUUGUGUGCAGUGGGUAUACGAUCUUGCAAAGGACUUGUUGCCCUUCAGCAGCGGAGCUUACGGAGUUGAUCUCGGACCGGAUCCCAGAGAUGCCGAACUCGCGGUCAGAGCCUUCGGACCAAACGGAUCGCGACUAGGUCGUCUGAAACGUGAUAUGGAUCCGCAUGGGAUGCUAGCGUAUGCCUGUCCGUUACCUAAAGCACCACCACCCAAGCUUGUCGUCCUUGUCACUGGCGAGAGUUGCGCUGGAAAAGACCACUGCGCACAUAUAUGGGCCUCCCUGUUCUUGCAACACCGGAACAAUACGGAGUUCUCUGCCCAAGGCCCGAAUUCGCGCGUUAUGAGCAUCAGUGAUGCCACGAAGCGUGAGUAUGCAGCGGCUGUUGGGGCUGAUUUCGAUCGCCUGCUGGAAGAUCGUGCCUACAAGGAAGAGCACCGCGCACCAUUGACAGAAUUCUUUCAGCAACAGGUGCAGAAACGACCUCAACUACCCGAAGAGCAUUUCUCGAGCACCGUACGCGAUGCCACAGCCGCAGAUGUUGAUGUGCUGUUCAUUACGGGUAUGAGAGACAAGGCACCUGUCGCAUCCUUUGCUCACCUGGUGCCCGAGAGCAGACUGGUUGAGAUUCGUGUAGAAGCCAAGGAGCACACGAGAAUUGAACGUGGAGCGGAUACCAGCAAGUCCAGUAUGAAGGAGCUGGAGCAUCGGCCUAGCCUGAUCUUCCAGAACGACAAGUCUGCAAAUGAGCCUGCCGAAAGCUUCGCCAGAUCCAAUCUCAUACCUUUGAUUCACGAUGACUUGCAGCAACUUGCAGACAUGGUACGCUCAAUACCCAGCUUCCCAACCCCAGGUAUCGAGUUUCGCCACGUGCUUGACAUCGCUCAGCAGCAGGGUGGGAUGCGUCGAUGUGUAUCCUUAUUGCAGACUCUGUUUUCUGGUAAUUGGGACAAAGUCAAAGCCAUCGUGAGCGUCGGAGUAGGUAGCCUCGUCUUUGCGUCUUCUUUGACCGAACGGGUUGACAAGCCUCUCGUUCUGGUUCGCGAAGAAGGGAAGCUUCCACCACCGACCAUAUAUACGUGCAAGCCACGAUCUCACAUCUCUUUUGUGUCGUCUUCGAAGCAGAAGGUUACGCGUAUCGAGAUGGAGCGAGACGCCGUCCCCGUUGGCGCAUCUGUUGUCGUGGUGGACGAUGUACUAGCAACAGGUGAGACGCUUUGCGCGGUGUUGCAAUUAUUGGUUAAAGCCGGCGUUGCUCUUGAGGAUGUUAGUGUGAUGGUCGUUGCGGAGUUCCCGGUUCAUCGCGGUCGCGCGUUACUGUAUGAGCGCGGAUAUGGUAAGGUGAAUGUGCAGAGUCUAUUGGUGUUUAACGGAGUCUAG